AUGGCGGCGCCAUCCUCAAUUUGCCACACUCCCUCUUUUCUUUCUCAGCGGUCAAAUUGGCUUAAUCAGAGGAACUUGAAAAGCACUUCAUUUCCUGAUCGUUUUUCUCCUUCAAGGUCGUUACUUUGUAGUGGAUUUGUUUCAAGGAAACCUGUUCUUAGUAGGAACUCCUUCUGGGCAACGCAAACCAUGGAUGAAUCUGUGAAAACUUCUGCUUCAAGAGAUGGAAAAGGCGAUGAAAACAUCCAAGUGUUUGAGCAAGAAGCUCUCAUCGAUGGACCAUCCCCGUUUUGGUCAAGAUUUUUGUCCCAUGAUUUGGAAUACACUCUCAAUCGACUGAGCAAGUGGAUAGUGACUGCCCUCUUCGGUGGUUUCAUUGUUUGGAGACAUGAUGCAGAAGCCUUAUGGUUCACAGCAGGGUCAAUUUUGAAUGCAUUGCUUUCUGUUUUUCUCAAACAUAUACUGAAUCAGGAACGACCUUCAACCCUGAAAUCUGACCCAGGGAUGCCAUCUUCACAUUCUCAAUCCAUAUUCUUUGCUGUCUUCUUUGUUAUUUUGUCAGGCAUAGAAUGGCUUGGGCUAAACAUAUUCACCAUUGCCAUCAGUGGAUUGGUCAUGACUUUUGGUUCUUUUUUUUCGUACCUGAGGGUGUCACAACAACUUCAUACAGUGAGCCAAGUGGUUGUUGGAGCUGUUAUUGGUUCCAUUUUCUCUAUUUUAUGGUACUGGCUAUGGAACGGUCUUGUACUGGAUGCUUUUGUAUCUUCUCUGUGGGUUAGAAUCGUUGUUGUUUUGGGGUCUGUAGGACUCUGCAUAGGUUUUGUUUUAUUUGCGAUUCGUUAUUGGAUUCAGGAGGACUAG